GCGGACGAGUCACUCGAGUUCGCGGGCCGCUGGGAGUGGGACGUGCCUGGUCCUCGCUCUCGGUGCCGGUAGCUCGUGAGUUGUGAUUUUACUCCAUACUGUUGAGCAGUUAGUGUGUUUGGUGUUGUGUUCACUGGUUAUUCUCCGAUGAAGGUAUGAAUUUAACCAUCGAGCACAUCAUGGAUGAUUUUUUUACUCGGGACGACGUCUGCAUGGACGAGGAGCUGAACACCAUCAUGAAGAGCGAGGAUGUCGCCGCUAUGGACCCGUAUCCGUUUUACCCGAUAUUGGACGGUGGUAACGACAUUUGCACCGGCAAGGGUGACGGCUGUGACGUGUGCGGUGUAGUGCGGACGUUCGGUGACGGUCUGGGAGCGCUCUCGUGCAGCCCCACUCAGCUGCCCCUGCUCGAUUGGUUCGACGUCGAGGACCAGCUGGGGGAGCCCGCGGAGCAGGACGCCAUGCGCUGUGUGAAUAUCAACCAGAUCUUCAACAUGCCGACGAAGGUGUGCAGCCAAGAUAGUGCAAGUAACAAGGACAAAGUGAUCAGUGACUGUAUGUGGAGUAGCAGCAGCUCGCAUCGACUGGACAUGUCUGAGCUGGACACGUCGCCGCUGCCCGCGCUCAGUGUCGAGAACGAUGUAGAGUUCAGCCGACCUGACACCCCGCAGACCGACUCGGAGUCGCAUUUCACGGACAGUGACGACCUGAUCCAGAGAGUGCCCAAGGAAAAAGUUGUGAGAAAACUGCCUUCCGCGCCCGAGCAGGCUUCGACUAUGUGUGGUCGCAGCUUGCUGAAGCGCAACCAGUUCAGUUUAAAAGUGGCGCGCGCACCGUUCCGCCCGGAGUCCAAAGCAAGCCUGUCGUCGCCUUCCGGGGAUAGCAGCUACUCAGGCGACCAUAGCUACUCGGCGACGAACUGCAUCGGGAUCCUGACUCCCUCUCCAUCGCCUUCGGAAUCGAGUUCAGAGGAUGACAACGACGGGCGCUCGGCGCGGCUCAGCUUGGGGCGCCAGCGGCGCGCUCCUGUCGACUCUCUUGCGCUCUCUGAGCGGCUGCUGCACCGGCCGCUCAAGGCGCGCAAGCGCGUCGGCGUGCACAAGUACCGCAGCGACCGGUGUCGCAUGCCGUCGGACGACGACCAGCCGCCGCCGGAGCGGCGCAACAACCACAACAACAUGGAGCGACUGCGGCGCGACCUGCUUCGCGGCGCGCUCAACAGCCUGCGCCGCCUCGUGCCCGACACGGCCGGCAACGAUAAGGCACCCAAGAUCACGGUGCUGCGCGAGGCGGCCAAGUACUGCCUGAUGCUGCGCGGCAAGGACGAGGCGCUCACGAAGCAGAAGCGCCGGCUGGAGGAGCAGCGGGCCGCGCUGCAGCGGCGACUGGAGGCGCUGGAGCGCGCGCGUUAGGCGCCGCCCAGCCAGCGCGACAGACUCGAAUAAAUUUCAUUAUCGUGCGGGCGGUGGGAGCGGCGGCGUGCGCGGCGCCGUCGGGCCCGACGUUAUCGACUCAUCCCGUCAUAUGCUGGUGUGCACCCGCGUCGCGCUGAAGAAUAAUGCAGUUGGCCGGUUAGUUCGCUUUUAACGAGAAGCUUCUUUAGUUUAAGAGAGCUUGGAAGUGUGUUUCUGUUGUUUUGCCGGUAGAAGUAGUUGCGUUGAGAAAAAGCACUUGAUUUGGAGUCUUUGCGGCCCCCUUUCGUUGCUCAAGGCGCGGGGUGAACCCGAACUGUCGCAGUCUUGAAGCGCGGCGAUGGGUCGACGGUGUACGUUUAAGUGUGCGUGUGUGUGAGAGAGAGCUUGUUCUGCUUCAGUGGCCCGCUGCAGGCUUGUUCAUCGGUGUGGCUAUGGUCAGUGGUGACAACUGGCGUCUCAGGUACACAUAGUCAUUAGCAACAAAUUUUCUGGACCCACCAUCCAAAUUGGCGUGAUGGACUUGCCGAUUGGUUUUGUACACAGCGGGCACACCUGGUCACGGCAGUCCUGUAGAUAUGUAAACCAGAGUUGUAUGUUGGAUAUGAUUUAAAUUGUACCGUAGCUCGCGCGGCGUUGUGGGCCUUUCGCCGCGGAGGCUGGGCAUUGGCUGGCUGGCGACCGGCGACAGUGGGAACGUCAGAAUUGCGCCGUGUCCUCGCGCUCCGCGUUGGCCUUGUGCUUUGCGCACAAUGUAAACUGUGUAUAUUUACAGUUAAGAGUCCGGUAGUUUUUUAUCGAUAUAUUUUGUGCGUGUGGUUCGGGUGUAGCGGCUGGCGGCGGACCCCAGUUGGCGAGCGUCCGGGCCUCGGCCAGCACGCUUGUGUACAGGGAGGUGGUUAUCGGCCCAGGGCACUGUGUGGCGCAUUUCCUAACGCCUUCUUGACGCGUCUCCUUUCGUUACCUGUCGCGCUCUUCGGCGGCGGGUGAGUCGGGCGGGCGCGCCCUCCCGGCUCGCCUCGGCGGCUUCCUGCGUCGAUUCGGGACUCGUCAAGGGACCACUUGCCUCGCAUUUUGACUGCCGUGAUUCGCCUUCGUGGUGCCAUCCCAGGGAACGGGCGCUAGUACAAAGCAUAGAUUAAUUAUAUUGAGCGUGGAGGAGCCUGGUUCCCCGGGACGACGCCAGAGGCGGACGCGAACGUAGGAAGGACAAACCACUUGCGCGUUAAAUUGUUUUGUGCCAAAUUAAGUAUGUUCCUUUCGUACCCUCGGGCCGAAGUGUGCUGCAUGUAAAAGACAGGAAAGGUACUUAGUUUUAUAUUGUGUGCGGAUAUUUGCUUUCUAGGUAGUGUAGCAGUCGGUCACAUAGCUACGUGGAGUAAAAUAUAUCACUGGAACUAA